UACCAGUCGUUCCGGUCUGGCCAUAACAGUUCUGACAGCACAGUUGGUGCCUUUAGGAGCUGUCGUGGAACGUUUCACUUAUGGAUAUUCCUUAGGACACUGCAAAACCCAUUGCGUCUGUUUGGAGAUAAACAUCGCGGAAGCAGUGCCAACAUUUAACAGACAAAAACGAUAUGUACUACAUAACUCAAAUAUUGUUUAACGUCAUUUAUACUCCCAUUAGGGCUAUAGAACCCACCUACAUACCCAUGCGUUGCAAUAACAGAAGUAGGAAAUUACAAGGAGCACGGGAAGGCAGCAGGAGAAACAGUCAGGGGUACAGGUUCCGCAGUCUUUCUAGACUUUGUGAACAUAUAUUUCGCGAUGAAUUCACAGCCUCCACCAAAGCCAUGGGAAAGACGCAUUCCAGGGGCAAUGACUGCACCUGUAAAUUACAGGUCUGCAGAUUUUGUACCAGCUCCAGGCCCCUCCACUUCUGCCGGCCCUCCUGUCCUGACCAGGAUGGCACCCCCAGUGCCCCCUCGUCCCGUCCAGCAGUCCUACCGUCCAUCCUACAGCUCUUUCCCCCCUUCUUACAGCCCCUAUGGGAGCUCUAUCUAUGGUGGCUACAGCCCCUACAGCUACAGUGGUGGCUAUGGCCUGGGAGGGUACAGCCGCUUCUCCCACACGGAAGAUGUUGCCCCCAGUAGGUUUGUGCAGCAGGCGGAGGAGAGCAGCCGCGGUGCCUUCCAGUCCAUUGAGAGCAUUGUCCAGGCCUUUACCUCAGUUAGCAUGAUGCUGGAUGCCACCUUCUCUGCUGUGUAUAACAGUUUUCGUGCCGUGCUGGACGUAGCCAACCACCUAACACGGCUGCGUACACACUUAACGCGGGUCCUUUCAGCCUUUGCUCUGGUACGCACCUUGCGUUACCUCUACCGACGGUUACAGAGGCUGCUUGGGCGGAGGUCAGAGACUGAAGUUGAGGAUUUAUGGGCAGACAGUGCUACUGAUGCCCUAGCUACUAGUGCAUCCAGAGGGUAUGGGACUGGGAUGGAGGAUCAGACUGUCAAAUCCUGGCCUAUCUUUCUGUUUUUUGCUGUAGUCCUGGGUGGACCCUACCUCAUCUGGAAACUGCUAAGCUCCAGCCCUUGCUCUGAAGAAAAUGCCACUAACUGGGCCAGCGGAGAGGAUGACCAUGUAGUCGCCAGAGCAGAGUACGACUUUUCAGCUGCAUCUGAGGAGGAGAUUUCUGUGCGGGCGGGAGACAUGCUCAACCUCGCCCCUAAAGAGCAACAGCCCAGGGUGCGUGGCUGGCUGCUGGCCAGCGUGGAUGGUCAGACCACAGGGCUUGUCCCAGCCAACUAUGUCAAGGUCCUUGGUAAGAGGAGAGGCCGUAAGCACGCAGAGGUGGAGAGGCUUUCCCAGGUCCAGCAAGGGAACACACAGGCCUCCCAGACACCCUCGGCUGCACACCCACAACCGAAUCCUGCCCAAGGCUUUAUCCCAGGCCUUGGUUCAGCCUCCACCCCAGCUUCCUCAGAGGAGCUGCUAGAGUCAGUGUACAGAGAAACACCAGCUUCCUUCAGUCUGGGGACAUCCAACUCCAGUGUGCCCCCAAGCACAGUCCUAAACAUCCCUGAGAAGACAGACCUGUGAUGUUUGUGCAUGUGUGCAUAUCUAUGCAUGCAGGUCUGCGGGUGCUCAUAACAUCGGUUUGCUCAGUCAGUACUUGUUUGCAAUGUUUAACUCUGAAGCUUGACUAAUAAUCAUCCUACAAUAGAUAAUUAGGGAAGCACCAUGGACCUCAUCAAGAAUUGCUCGAAGUAGUUCCUAGACUCAUCUGUAAUGAUUCAAAUCAUCUAACACAAUCUGGACCUUCUGAUAAAGUUAUUGGUCAAAAUGGUUUUUACUGUUUUGUUUGGAGCCAGUGUGUUUGCCUUUUAAAUGACUUUAGUCAGAGCUUGUAUGAGAAAGUAUUGUGUAUUCUCUAAAUAUGGUACACUGCUGUUCUUAAGAUCUUGUCAGAUACAAGAUGUCAUGUCUUGCGAUUGUUCAAUAACAGAAAUGAUAUCAAUGUCUAAGUUAAUGAAGUGCACUGAUAUAUCACCUGUAUGACAGUUCAAGAACAAAUCCAAGGUGUUUUGUUUGAUACUGUAAUAAUGUAACCUUGUGUUUGGUCAUGGCCCUCACUUGUAGGCUGCUUGGUCCACUGUAAUGUCUUUCUUGUGAAGCAAAUGGAAUUGGAUUCAUUUGGGAUGGGAAGGGGCUAAUUUUGCACAUUUUCAACAGUUCUAA